CAUCUUUAUAACAAAGCACAAAUUCGACAUGGAUUGAAAACAUGACGUCACACAUUUGAUCACGUGAUUUAUGACGAGGAAGAAGCCACGCCCCAACAAAGAUGGCGAGCACGGAAGUGGAGCGUCGGCGUUGCAAGCUCGCCUCCAUGUCCAUCGCCGCCAUGGUCAUCCUCCUGGGGGUCCCUCUGUGGUGGCGGACCACCGCUACUUACCGCGCUUGGCUGCCCGUCAGCGAGAUCCAGGAGCUGGGUAACCUCCAGCUGCUCCUGAGCGCCGACGUGGAGGUUGUGUUCGCGCGGGGGACGCUGGUGGCGGAGCAGCAGAAGAAGAUCCCGCAGACACGGACACGCGUGGAGGAACACGCAAUAGACGGGGCCACCUCUGUGACGUACAAGUAUGAGACACGUUACCGCACAGCAACUGUCAUGGAGGAGGACGCCCUGAACAAGCCCACCGCCGCCGAGUCGGACCUGUCCCUGCACACGUUAAGCGAGAGUCCAUGCGGUUCUUUGGUGGUCUACGUGAUCCCAGGCUCCUCUUUGCUGCUGCCCCAGGACGCCGAGGUGUACGUCGGCCGGCGACGCACGGCUCUGCUGCGCGCCGACGCCCAGACCGGGGAGGCGAGGACGCUGGACCAGCUGUUGGCUCGGCUGGAGCCGCGGGUCAAGAAGGUGCUGCGGGUGAUGUCGUUCAGUCACGGCGACAUCACGGCCGCCCUCAGCGACCGCGUGCGUCUCAGCCCGGGAAGCCGACAGAGCAAAGCGGAAAGCAUGAGAGCCUUCAAGUCCAGCCCGGGUUAUGAAAUAACCUUCAGUCUGCUGAAUCCUGACCCCAAGUCGCACCGACUGUACUGGGACAUAGAGGGCGCCGUGCAGACCUACAUCCAACCGCUGCUCUCCAAACUGGCUCCUCUCGCCAACUUUAGCGUGGACUCUCAGACCUUGCACUACACCAUGCUGGGCGUCAACGCUCGCUUCGACAGCAGCCGCGCCGUCUACACGCUGAGCGCCGACAGCCUGGCGCACGUCAUCAACCCCGUGGAGGCUCGCCUGGGUUCCAAUGCUGCGUCUUCCAAUCCGGUGCUGAACUUCCUGCUCUACGUGCCCGACGCCCAACAUUCGCCGCUUCACAUCCUCGACCGCAAGAAAAGCAAAGUGGCGUCCAAUGCCUUCCACUCGCCACGCUGGGGAGGAAUCAUGGUUUACAACGUGGACAACAAGACGACACUUCCUGUGGACGUGGACAUCAACAUGGCCGACGUCAUGGGUGUCUUCCUCGCACAGCUCCGGCUGCUGCUGGGCGUGCAGCCCUUGGCGCCUCCCCCCGGCGUCCUGGUGUCCCCCCCCGGCCCGUGGGGCCUGGCCGACUGGGAGCUGGACCGCCUCAUGUGGAGCCGCAGCGUGGAGAACGUUGCCACGGCGACCACCGCCAUCACCUCGCUGGCGCAGCUGCUGGACCAGAUCGGCAACAUCGUCAUCAACGACAACAUCGCCCAGCAGGUGUCCAACGCCGUCACGUCGCUGCAGCUGGCGGUGGCCGAGAUGGAGGCGGGCAACCUGGUCUUCGCCCUGCAGUACAGCAAGGAGGCCAUCUUGGCGUCGGAGAGGGCUUUCUUCGACCCGUCGCUGCUGCACCUCCUCUACUUCCCCGACGACCAGAAGUUCGCCAUCUACAUCCCGCUCUUCCUGCCCGUCUGCGUCCCCAUCCUGCUGUCGCUGGUCAACGUCCUGGCCGAGGUAAGACAGGCGCGUCGGGACAAGCGGGACAAGAAAGACUGACUGGAGAAAUGAUCGGAUUGAAACAUGUUGAGGGUUUUUAUUUUAAUCCCGAAAAACAACCGCCUUGAGUUUGAUUUCAAGUAGUCAGAAAUGAUCAUCACUUUCUAAAUAGCUUUUUCAACAUAAAAAAUGAAAUAAAAUACAUUAUUUCAUUAAAGCCCGAAAUAAUUAUUUAAACAUACAUCAUGUUUUCAUAAAAACUCUUUAAAUAAUACAAAAACAUCAUUUUAAUAAACCCCCAAAAAUUGAUUGGAAUAAUAAAGACAAAGCAACAUUUAUCAUUUUACUAAAAUAACAUUUUAUUAAAACCCUAAACAAUGAUUUAAAUAAUAAAACAUCAUUUUUUUAAACCCCUAAAUAAUUAUCUGACAAAUAAAGACAAAGUAACAUUUAUAAAUUCACAAAUAACAUUUUAUUAGAAUCCUAAAUAAUGAUUUAAAUAAUAAGACAUGUUUUUUCAGACCCCUAAAUAAUUUUUUUUAAUAAAACAAAGCAACAGCGUCCAUAAUUUUACUAAAAUACAUGAUUUCUUGAACCUCAAAAUAAUUAUUAAAAAAACAUGCAGCAUGUUCGUAUAAAACCCCUAAAGAAUGCUUGAAAUAAUACAAAAACAACAUCAUUUUAAUAAACCCCUGUAUAAUUAUUUAAAUGAUAAAGACAAAAAAUUUAUAAUUUUACAAAGAUAACAUUUUAUUAAAACCCUAAACAAUGAUUUAAAUAAUAAAACAACAUUUUUUUAAACCCCUAAAUAAUUAUCUGACAAAUAAAGACAAAGUAACAUUUAUAAAUUCACAAAUAACAUUUUAUUAGAACCCUAAAUAAUGAUUUAAAUAAUAAGACAUGUUUUUUCAGACCCCUAAAUAAUUUUUUUUAAUAAAACAAAGCAACAGCGUCCAUAAUUUUACUAAAAUACAUGAUUUCUUGAACCUCAAAAUAAUUAUUUAAAAAAACAUGCAGCAUGUUCGUAUAAAACCCCUAAAGAAUGCUUUAAAUAAUACAAAAACAACAUAAUUUUAAUAAAAACCCUAAAUUAUUUAAUUAAUAAAGACAGAACAACAACAUUUAUAAUUUUACUAAAAUAACAUUUUAUUAAAACCCUAAACAAUAAUUUAAAUAAUAAAACAAUUGAAUUAAAUCCCUAAAAAAUUGUUAAAAUAAUAAAAACAAAGCAACAUCACUUUCCUAAAAUAAAAUACAUUAUUUCAUUCAACCCCUAAAGUAUUAUUUAAAAAAAACAUGCAUCAUGUUUUUUAUAAAACCCCUAAAGAAUGCUUUAAAUAAUACAAAAACAACAUAAUUUUAAUGAACCCCUGUAUAAUUAUUUAAAUGAUAAAGACAAAACAUUUAUAAUUUUACAAAGAUAAUUUUUUAUUAAAACCCUAAACAAUGAUUUAAAUAAUAAAACAACAUAAUUUUUUUAAACCCCUAAAUAAUUAUCUGACAAAUAAAGACAAAGUAACAUUUAUACAUUUACAAAUAACAUUUUAUUAAAACCCUAAACAAUGAUUUAAAUAAUAAAACGUCAUUUUUUGAACCCCUAAAUAAUUGUUUACAAAAACAAAGCAACAGCAUCCAUAAGUGUACUAAAAUAAUAUUCAUGAUUUCAUGAACCUGUAAAGAAUUAUUUAAAAAAAAUGAAUCAUGUUUUUAUAAAACCCCUAAAGAAUGCUUUAAAUAAUACAAAAAGAACAUAAUUUUAAUAAAACCCUAAAUUAUUUAAUUAAUAAAGACAAAGCAACAACAUAUAUAAUUUUACUAAAAUUCAAUUUUAUUAAUUUAAGAUUAUUAAAAUGAUUAAAAAAAACAUAAUUGUAUUAAACCCCUAAUUAUUUGAAUAAAAAACAUAGCAACAUCAUACAUAAUUUUACUAAAAUAAAAUACAGUAUUUUAUUAAAUACCUAUUUAUUAAACCCCUAAACAAUUAAAAAAAAACAUGCAUCAUGUUUUAUAGAACCCCUAAAAAAUGCUUUAAAUAAUACAAAAACAUAAUUUUAAUGAACCCCUAAAUAACUAUUUAAAUAAAAAGUGAUAAACACAAAAAAUUUCCAAUUUUACAAAAAUAAAAUUGUAUUAAAACCCUAAAUUAUUUAAAUAAUAAAAACAAUUCAAUUAAACCACUACAUAAAUAAUUAAAUAAAAUAACGGAGCAACAUCAUUCAUAAUUUUACUAAAAUAAAAUGCAUAAUUUCAUGAAACCCUGAAAGAUUUAUUGAAAAAAACAUACAUCAUGUUUUUAUAAAACCCCUAAAGAAUGCUUUAAAUUAUACAAAAACAACAUAAUUUUAAUACAAACCCUAAAUUAUUUAAUUAAUAAAGACAGAACAACAACAUUUAUAAUUGUACUAAAAUAACAUUUUAUUAAAACCCUAAACAAUAAUUUAAAUAAUAAAACAAUUGAAUUAAAUCCCUAAAAAAUUGUUAAAAUAAUAAAAACAAAGCAACAUCAUUUUCCUAAAAUAAAAUACAUUAUUUCAUUUAACCCCUAAAGUAUUAUUUAAAAAAACAUGCAUCAUGUGUUUUAUAAAACCCCUAAAGAAUGCUUUAAAUAAUACAAAAACAACAUAAUUUUAAUAAAACCCUAAAUUAUUUAAUUAAUGAAGACAAAGCAACAACAUAUAUAAUUUUACUAAAAUUCAACUUUAUUAAUUUAAAAUUAUUAAAAUAAUACAAAAAACAUAAUUGUAUUAAACCCCUAAUUAUUUGAAUAAAAAACAUAGCAACAUCAUACAUAAUUUUACUAAAAUAAAAUACAGUAUUUUAUUAAAUCCCUAAACAAUUUAAAAAAACAUGCAUCAUGUUUUAUAGAACCCCUAAAAAAUGCUUUAAAUAAUACAAAAACAUAAUUUUAAUGAACCCCUAAAUAAUUACUUAAAUAAAGACAGUGAUAAACACAAAUGAUUUACAAUUUUACAAAAAUAAAAUUGUAUUAAAACCCUAAAUUAUUUAAAUAAUAAAAACAAUUCAAUUAAACCACUACAUAAAUAAUUAAAUUAAAUAACUGAGCAACAUCAUUCACAAUUUUACUAAAAUAAAAUACAUAAUUUCAUGAAACUCUGAAAGAUUUAUUGAAAAAAAACAUACAUCAUGUUUUUAUAAAACCGCUAAAGAAUGCUUUAAAUUGUACAAAAACAACAUAAUUUUAAUACAAACCCUAAAUUAUUUAAUUAAUAAAGACAAAGCAACAACAUUUAUAAUUUUACUAAAAUAACAUUUUAUUAAAACCCUAAACAAUAAUUUAAACAAUAAAACAAUUUAAUUAAAUCCCUAAAAAAUUGUUAAAAUAAUAAAAACAAAGCAACAUCACUUUCCUAAAAUAAAAUACAUUAUUUCAUUUAACCCCUAAAGUAUUAUUUAAAAAAACAUGCAUCAUGUUUUUUAUAAAACUCCUAAAGAAUGCUUUAAAUAAUACAAAAACAACAUAAUUUUAAUAAAACCCUAAAUUAUUUAAUUAAUAAAGACAAAGCAACAACAUAUAUAAUUUUAAUAAAAUUCAAUUUUAUUAAUUUAAGAUUAUUAAAAUGAUUUAAAAAAAACAUAAUUGUAUUAAACCCCUAAUUAUUUGAAUAAAAAAACAUAGCAACAUCAUACAUAAUUUUACUAAAAUAAAAUACAGUAUUUUAUUAAACCCCUAAACAAUUUAAAAAAAACAUGCAUCAUGUUUUAUAGAACCCCUAAAAAAUACUUUAAAUAAUACAAAAAUUAUUUAAAUAAAAAGUGAUAAACACAAAAAAUGUAAAAUUUUACAAAAAGAAAAUUUUAUUAAAACCCUAAAUUAUUUAAAUAAUAAAAACAAUUCAAUUAAACCACUAAAUAAAUGAUUAAAUUAAAUAACUGAGCAACAUCAUUCAUAAUUUUACUAAAAUAAAAUACAUAAUUUCAUGAAACUCUGAAAGAUUUAUUGAAAAAAAACAUACAUCAUGUUUUUAUAAAACCCCUAAAAAAUGCUUUAAAUUAUACAAAAACAACAUAAUUUUAAUACAAACCCUAAAUUAUUUAAUUAAUAAAGACAAAGCAACAACAUUUAUAAUUUUACAAAAUAACAUUUUAUUAAAACCCUAAACAAUAAUUUAAAUAAUAAAAUGUUUUAAUUAAAUCCUUAAAAAAUUGUUAAAAUAAUAAAAACAAAGCAACAUCAUUUUCAUUUAACCCCUAAAGUAUUAUUUAUAAAAAACAUGCAUCAUGUUUUGUAUAAAACCCCUAAAGAAUGCUUUAAAUUAUACAUCACUUACUAAAUAAGUUUUCAUUCGACGCUCUUUUAAUCCGAUAUAGUAAUGUUGCGUGAGGCUGAGCCAAUCAGUGGCCACGAUGCUGAACAGUGCACUCUCUAUUCCGUAGUACUGAUUGUUUUUUUGGGGAGAUUUAGUCCUAUUUAGGAUUGAAAACGCCUCUGGUUUUCGGACCCAAAAAUUGUAAAAUAAGCUUUGAAAAGAAUAUUCCCUAAAAAAUCUGCAACGUUGAAGCGGAACGUGGCGAGGGACGUGGCGAGGGACGUGGCGAGGGACGUGGCGAGGGACGUGGCGAGGGACGUGGCGAGGGACGUGGCGAGGGACGACUGUACGGACUUUUUGUUGGACCGUGAGGAAACUGAAGGAUUUCUAAAUAAUGAAAGUCUACUGUGAUUGUUAACCACAGGAACUUGAAUGGUUGUGUUUUUAUAUUUCAAUUCAUAAGUUAUUGACUAAUAAAAGAAAUACAAAAUAA